AUGCAGUUCCAGUUUGUUGGCCUUAAGCAACGGUUCCUGAUGCGACGCGCCUACCUCGAAGGUCAGGCGUUAACUCUGUCAACGCUUUUGCUGGCCAGCCUGGCAGUUGGCCAAGUCUACAAUGGUGUCGAAAUACAAAAGCAAAGGCUGAUCAAAUUUCCCGAAGAGUUGGAAGCUGCGGGAGCGGCAGCCACUACGCCUGAAAAAGCGGACGAGGCCAAGCGCAUACUUGAGCAAAUUGCCAAAGUAAACGAGGCCUUUGGCUAUGUGAAGAAGAAGAAGCCGGAGCAGUCCAAGCUGCCGCCCAUACUCGACUCCAGUCAGUAUUUGUUCCCCAAGCCUGCACAGCAUCCGUUUCACCAACAGCAGCAUCACUUUGCCGGCAGCCAAGGCCAAACGCUGCUCGAGCCCUCCAUACGCGCCGUCAAGCUAGCCAAGUUGCCACCCAAGGAACAGCUCUACUUCCGCCCGCAUGAGCUGCAAUUGCCAGCGCCCAGCAGCGCGCAGGAGGCGAAACAGCUGCCCGCUCACUUUGUCAUACCCGUGCAUCUGUACAAGCAGAACAAGGAGCAGUAUUUGCGCGAGCAUGCGCCGCAGGAGUAUCGCGUCAAGGGCUACAAGAUCAUAGGCGAUGUGGAUAGCUUCUAUGGCAAGGCCAAGUCCAUGCUGCGUGAGCGUGGCAAGCAUACGCCCAAAUAUCAUUUGUUCUUCCUGCCACGAGAGCUGGCUCUGAAUGAGGAUGGCACACAUAAGCGCGGAGGCAGCAACAGCACCACCACUAGAAAACCACAGGCACACAGCAAGGAGACGCGUCUGGAACUGCCACAUAAAGUGCAGACAGAUCAACGCAAGCGCUUGGCAGCAAGCACUACCUUGCAGCCUUCCAUAGGCAAACAGGCGGAGCAGAGCAUUAAAGUAACCAAUGCGCCCAGCCACUUGACUCCCACGCUAUCCACCUUGCCACCCGCUGGUGGUUUGCUGCCCAAUCGCAAUCGCCUGAACAUGUUCCGCGUGCCCAGCGUCAAUCUCGCCGAGAUGCAGAAUCAAACAUCCACGGCUAUUAAAAACGCUUUCAGUAAUAUUUUCAAGCCCUUCCGUGCACCUCAAGCGCAAGUAGACACUGUUGUCGCUACAAAUCCUGUGGUGCUGCAACAAGCGCCCGAUAGCAGCGACUCAGAUAUUCAGGACGAUUACAGAUGGGACGAUGAGCGUGAGGGCGGCGGCGAUAGCGAUGCCUUGGAAAAUACAUCCGCUGAACGCGACAGCAGCGCGCCGGCAGAGCAGAAGCAUUUGUUUGCGCACAAGACCCAGCAGCUGAUGCAUACUGUCGGCGAAGUGGCCACUGCACAUCAGAGCACUCAGAAGCAGGCGCUGCGUGAAGGCGGCAUCAUUAUUCAACGUCUGAAGGUGCGCAAGGGCGGUAUAGCCAUUGCUGGUCCAGGGGGCGUAGCUACUGCCGGCAGCGGUGGCACUGCUAUAGUUGGUCCUGGUGGUUAUGCCUUAACACAUCCGCGUAGCUUGACCAUUGCUGGACCGGGUGCCAAAGUCAUCUCCAUACCCGCUGAUGUGGACUUGAAGGAUGCGCUGCAGCGCACCGAUGUGCAGUCAAAGAGUUUUCCGCGUGAGGGCAAAGUAGUGGCCACAGGGCCCACUGUCUACUAUGCUCCACCCACAGGGAGAAUCCUCAGAGCUUUGAGGCUAUCUUAA